UAAAUUAGAUAUCUGAAAUGCCAAAUUCAAUUUAGAAUUUUGUUCGGUUUAGAAGGUAAAAAUUUCAAAACUAGAUUUUGCCGACAUUCUAAAUUGAACAGGGAACCAAUCAUUAGUUUCCCCUGCGGUAAUCUUCGCACAAAAUUGAUUGACUGGGAAACCAUGCUCGCAGGAUUAGUUACUGGAAGCUACUUUCAGCCUGGAGUCGUCAAAAUUGGUGGCCAAAGGCAAAUUCCUGGUUUGAAGCAGGACUUAUUGUGCUUGUCAAGUGCCAAGGUGUCUAGAAUUGCAUGCAGAGUUGUCAAGGAGGAUGAUGCCUCCUAUAAGCAUGAGGAGCUUAGAAAGAAACGGCCUUUGGUUAAGAUGUGUGGCAUUACAUCUGCAAGAGAUGCAGCAAUGGCAGCAGAAGCUGGUGCCGAUUUUAUUGGGAUGAUCAUUUGGCCCAACUCUAAACGCUCAGUUUCACUUCCGGUUGCCAAGGAGAUUUCGAGAGCUGCAAGGGAGUAUGGGGCACAGCCUGUUGGGGUGUUUGUGGAUGACGAUGCGGACACAAUACUAAGAGCCUCUGAUGCAGCAGACCUUGAAUUUGUUCAGCUUCAUGGAGAUGGUUCCCGUGCUGCUUUUCCGGCAUUAGUCCAAAAGAACCGUAUAAUAUAUGUUCUUCAUGCUAAUGAAGAUGGAACACUCUUGAAUCAAAUUUCUACUGAAGAGUGUUCUCUAGUUGAUUGGGUUCUUGUGGAUAGUGCAAAGGGUGGCAGUGGCAAAGGAUUCAAUUGGACACAGUUUAAGCUACCAAGUAUUAGAAGCAAGCAUGGUUGGCUUUUGGCAGGAGGGAUAAAACCAGAGAAUGCUUCUGAGGCUCUUUCUACCCUCAAACCCCAAGGAAUUGAUGUUAGUAGUGGCAUUUGUGGCCCAGAUGGCAUCCAGAAAGAUCCGUUGCGAAUAUCUUCAUUCAUGAGUGCAGUACAUACAGUAAUCUAUUGAUCCGUCAAGGUUAGACGGAGAGGAAACGAUUUAAGAUAUAAGUUAUCUUAACAAUGUAAACCUUGUAUGCUAAAAAACAAUUGAUCUUAAUACUUUGUGGUUUGUCAAAUAAAGAAAGGUUAUUUCGUUCACAA